AAUCCAUCUGGUCAAACUGUGUGUUUAGCCCUCCGUCUAUUUCAUCACCGUGUGUGUUUCUCUGAAAUUCCCUGCUUCUACUACCAGAGGUCUGAGAACCAAUCAUGUCGUCGUCUUCUUCUAUCUCAUCCUCGUUUCGAUUAUUCACAACCAAACUCCCCAACUCUUCUUUCAACCCCAAAACCCUGUCCGCCUUCCCAAAACACCCAAACUUCUCUUCCUUCCGUCGACCCAUCUCUUUCGAAAGAAUCCCCACCAUAUCCUCAUCCCGAUCCCCAUCUGCCUUAGCACCAUCAGCUUCAAUGCCCCUGCAACCCAUCGAAGAACUCCCCCCGAAGCUUCGAGAAAUUGUCAAGCUCUUCCAGUCCGUACCGGUUCCAAAAGCCAAGUACGAGGAGCUCCUGUACUACGGCAAGAAGCUCAAACCCCUCGAAGAUAAGUACAAGACAAAAGAGAACAAGGUCGAAGGUUGUGUGUCGCAGGUUUGGGUCCGAGCCUACCUCGAUUCCGACAAGAACGUGUUCUUUGAGGCCGCUUCCGACGCGCUUAUCUCGAAAGGUCUCGCUGCUCUGCUCGUUAAAGGGCUCUCGGGUGAACCCGUGGAGGAAAUUUUGAGGGUCCGACCCGAUUUCGCGCUCCAUCUUGGGCUUCAGCAGAGCUUAUCCCCUGGUAGGAAUAAUGGGUUUUUGAAUAUGUUGAAGUUGAUGCAGAAAAAGGCUAAGGAUUUGGUUAGUGGGUCGGAUUCUGUGGAUUUGGGAUUGAAUUCUCAAGUGGGUGGUGAAAAGAUUUCGACUUCGGGUUCGGAAAUCGAUGGUGGCAUUGAGGGUUCUAGUCUUGGAUUGAGCUCUAAUGAAAAUGCUGAGCAAUUGAGUGGCACUAGUGAAAAGAUUUCGACUUUGGGUUCGAGAAUCAAUGGUGGCAUUGAGAGUGUGAAUGUUGAAUCGAGGUCAGAAGGAAAUGUGAAGGAAUUGGAGGUGGUAGGGAGUGUUUCGAAUGAAGAGGAGUCGAAUUCGGGUGAUUUGGGGGGUCGAGGGAAGAGAAUUAGGGAAGCAUUGGCGAGAGAGCUUAGUCCUGUGGAAUUGGAAGUAGAGGAUAUCUCUUACCAACACGCCGGGCAUGCCGGAGUUAGAGGAAGUGGUGAUGGGGAGACGCAUUUCAAUGUGAGAGUUGUGACUAAGGAGUUUGAAGGGAAGAGUAUGAUCAAGAGGCAUAGGCUCAUCUACGGCUUGUUGCAAGAGGAGUUGGAGAGUGGACUACAUGCAUUGUCUAUCGAGGCGAAGACGCCAGCUGAAGUGAGUACAAAGUGAAGCUGCUCUGGCUCCGUAAAAGAGGUUCGGUUUGUAUUUUUGGAUUAGCUCUCACAUAUUGUUUUAUGGAUCGUUUUAUGUGGUUAUUGCUCUGAAUUUUCAGAAGUAAUGUACACAUAGUGGUCUAAAAGUUUAGAUUGAGAACUUACUUUGUCUCGAAACUUUAUAUCAAAUAUCGGUGGAUCCUUGUGCUGUCUA